ACGUGCAUUCAUAGGGCAAGCCUGGUCAAAUUUAGUGCCACAUACUAGUAGCUUUCCAAGCAGUUAUUAAAGUUAUCGAAGCAGGACGGCAUAAGUGUGGACUGGAACACCAAAGAACAUACUUGUACAUAAUGGCAUCGGAAAGCAUAAAAAUGGAAAACUCGAGUUGGAGUGAGGGUAGAGGCGAGGAGGACUCUAAAAAUAGAUUGCAUACGGCAGGUAGUGACGCAGGCGGUCUUGAUGCAUGUACCAAAGUGCUUAUGGGCUUUUCGUACUUUCUCGUGAUCAUUUUCCCAUUUGCACUAUUCGUUUGCAUAAAGACAGUGGCAGAGUACGAGCGAGCCAUUAUCUUCAGAGCCGGCCGUCUGUUACCCGGUGGACCUAAGGGACCCGGUCUGUUCUUCAUCCUCCCGUGCAUCGAUGAGUUCAGAGUCAUCGAUCUCAGGACACUGUCUUUCGAUGUUCCACCUCAAGAGAUUUUGUCCAAGGAUAGCGUAACAGUAACCGUGGACGCCGUGGUGUACAUCAGGGUAGCCGAUCCCACCAUGGCGGUGCUGAACGUGGAGAACUACAAGCGGUCAACAGAGCUCCUGGCCGCCACCACGCUGCGUAACGUCUUGGGUACCAAGACCCUGGCCGAGGUGCUGAGCCAAAGAGACGAGAUCAGCAGCAGCCUUCAGACCCUCUUGGAUGAUGCCACUGACCCGUGGGGAAUCAAAGUGGAGCGGGUGGAAAUUAAGGACGUCAGUUUGCCGAUGCUGAUGCAGCGAGCUAUGGCUGCUGAAGCCGAAGCCUCAAGAGAAGCCAGAGCCAAGGUGAUCGCCGCUGAGGGAGAGCAGAAUGCCUCCCGGGCCCUCAAGGAGGCAGCUGACAUCAUCGCUGAGUCUCCCAACGCCCUCCAGCUCCGCUACCUUCAAACUCUUAACUCCAUCUCGGCUGAGAAGAACUCCACCAUCAUCUUCCCGCUGCCCAUCGAUCUCCUGGCCGGGUUCAUGAAGAAGUAGUGCCGGUAUAGUGUGGCCAGCGAGUAGGAAGAAGACAUAACUACCACCCUUAGAGAUAUUACGUCGGGGCAUGCUUCUGGUCCUUGUGACGCCAAUCAUUAUUUCUGACGUAAAAUUCACGCAUUAUUUGUGACGUGAAACUCGCUCAUAUCGGUAUAUUACCGGGUUUAUAAGUAAACAACUUCGUAUGUCAGCCGCCCGAAGUCUAACCAAUCCAGUUAUUCCUUUACGGUCUGUACGAAUGUCAUCGCAUUUUUUUUCUGUCAGCUUGCCAAGCGACACUUCCCAUGUACUGUGAUUGUUGUGAUGUAUUAUGAGUGAAUGGUUUUUAAAAAUGUGUUUACAAUCCAAUAACCUAAAUUCUGUCUUAAGAGUUAAAUUGUAUUAGUUUAGUUUCAAGACACAAGAGACAUGGGUAUCUAAACAUGAUUGCGCCAUAGGCUGUUUUUAUAGUAGGCCUCUCAGUGAUUUUUUUUUUUGUAGUAUUUAUUUUCUUUUUGCUGUAAAAUUGUUUAAAUUGGAUGUACCUUCUAUGUUUCUCGUACUCGGACAUUGUAAUUAAAAACAAAAACACACUCUAAAAAGGCCCGGGGUCAGAAGAAAUGACCGGGAUCCAAGACCCACUCAAUGACCCGUUUGUGGAGAUAAAAGUGACCCCAGGUAACCUAGGAUAUGGAUCUUAACCACUUAGAUCCAGGUCGCAAUCUGGUUCUGUACAUAACAAUUGCCACAGUCGUAGAAAAAUUUUCAGUGGGGUAUUUAUUUUCUUCUCAAUCGAUUCAAAAAGGGAAUCCAUUGUAAAAGACAUCAAUACAUUUUUAGGAAGAGAUUUUGAUGUACAUACAUAAGAAAAUGCAGCCGGAUGCACUGACGUCAAUUCUAACGAACGAUUUGAGAAGGUUCCACGGGUCAGACCCGUAUUCUGGGCUCGUGCUGGGUCAAGCUGAUUAAAGACACUACAUGAAAACUAACUUGUAAAAAUGGCAAUUGUAACUCAGAUUCUGCGAUGAAUACUUUUGGGUCAGUUUGACACAGUUUCCGGGUCAUACCGACCCGGGUAUGGGUCCUACGUGAGCCGAAAUCCUGAUUAGUUCUGCUCCGGGAGUUUUUCGAGUGUAUUUCUUUUUUGACGUUUUAAAGGUUGUAUUUUUAUUUUGUAUAAUUUUGUAUUGUUACAGAAGUAAUAAUAAAAUUGUAAGCCAUUAUUGGUACAUACUUUA